UCUUUGCCUCGGACGAAGUAUAAAGCGUUGUAGUGAUAGUUUGAGAGGCAUUCGUACCCAAACAGUGCGACGGUGUGGUGGUGCAAGAGAGUUGAAGAUAAACAUUAGUGAUAAAUAAAGGAUAACUGAAACAGAAAUCAUGCGGUGGUUUACUGUUACGUGUAUAUUGUUACCGUUAAUAAUAGCGAGCACAUCGGCGGAAUGGUCUUGGGGACAAGAAUCGAAAGCAGAGGGUAAACAGGAGAAUGCUCAGCAAACUACAGACUUGUUACAAGGCGAAGAACUUCCGAAAGCUGAAGAGAAAAGUUCUGAUUCUAACAGUACCGUUCUGGAUGACAUCGUAGACGAACUGAUCAGCAGCAAGCAGGGCAGGAGUUUGGGCGGUUUCGACGACGACGUGUACAGCGAUCCCACGAUCAAGGAAGCCUUGGACGCAGGUGAUGACGCUGAAGCAAGAAACCUCAUCAAAGGACGCCUUUGCACUUUAGGACUCAUUCAAUGCGAUGAAGAUGACACCCAAGAAAAACGAACCUACUUGUCACCAGAUGAACUGAUUUAUGCUCAACCUGUUGACAUCAAGCCAAUUGGCAAACCCAUUGCGUCCAUUCCCGUCCGCGGACCACCCAGAGCCUAUGGACCACCUAGGCCUAUGCCUACUUACCACACACGCCCGCAGAAAGUACCCCCGAAAAGAGUCGGAUACGGAGGUAACUUCCGCCCUGGAUUCUCUGAGAAAUACGGUGUCGCAGGAAACAACUUCCAGUUCUCACAAAGCAGCAGCGGUGGACUGUUUAAUGGACAUGAGGCGAAUUACGUAACUAAACCACCUACAUAUGCUAAUGACAGCCCUUACAACUUCGAUAACAAUAAACCAAGCUACAACAAGGGCUCUUCGCAAUCAGGCACUAAAACAGACUCUGUAGUACAACAACAUGUUCACCACCACUAUGUACACAGUGAUGGAGACAAGGACCCCAAAGUUAUUAUCAAACCUGUCGCUAUUCCUGUAGGAUCAGUAGGACACCUGGCGUCACAAUCUCCUCAGACUUUUGGACACCAAUCAAGCGAUAUUAUCACAGCCGGUGGUGGCGACUACAGUAGCCUUAGUUCCGGAGGUUUCAAACCAAUGACUGGAGACUUUGGUGGAUUAAACAGCAAACCAGUAUAUGAAUCUGACACUAUAUACGGAUCCCAGUAUGGCCACAGCGGUUUCAACAAAGAAGGAUCUAGUAUUUUAAGCCAGGGUUUGCCAAACCAGUACCAAAACAAUUUAUUCGAAGACCAGCAAAAAUAUGGUAACUCUCUAGGAUCGUAUGGAUCACAGAACAGUGAAUUCUACAAAAAAGAACUCAAUGUUGGUUCUGCUAACAAUUUGUACAAUCAGGGUGGAUCAUUCGGAGCUAAUGGAGCUUACCAAGAAAGUUACCAUGUGCCAAAGGCGCAAGGACUUGACUGCGUGUGUGUAAACUAUGACCAAUGUCCCAGCCAGGAGGUCAUCGGCCGCAGAGACGACUUAUAUUUGCCCAUCGAUCCUCGUAACAAAGCCAGCGAAAUCACCGCGCUGACCGAUGAACAAAUUGAUAACAUAACCAAAUUAGAUGCAGCUGAACAGGCUAACCAAAAUGCUACCACUGAAACCAAGAAAGUCAGCAAGAGGGAAACGAAAGAAGCUGAUGAUAACAAGGCUGAAGAAGCUUCGAAACAAAUUGAAGCACGCCUCAUUGGAUUGGCCGGCUACGGCGGCAAUGGCGGCAAUAGCAACAAACAAGUGCAGCCCACGUUUGGUGUCUCUUUUGGGUUGCCCCAGCCUUCCCACGGCGGUUAUCCUAUCAAUCCUUUUAACUCAAAUCCUCUAUACAACCCCUAUGGUCCAGCACUUAACAGCGGAGGUCUAAACUUAGGUUUAGUCUCAGUAAAUCCUCUUCUAGCAGUUCAGGUCACCAAAAAUGAUUAUGGCGAAAAAAUCGUCAAGCCCUUUGUUAAUUUGCACGUCACGCCAAAUGAACAUGUAGUUAACAAACUAUCCAAUAUAUUUCAUGAGAAAAAGUUAUACCUUCUGAAUAAGCAUGAGCAUUACCACCACUUCAAUCCUCAUCAUGACCACCACUUCAAUCCUUAUCAUGACCAUCACUAUCCAGUACCCCAUCAUCCUAUACAGCCAAUAUACAGUCAUAAUCAUCAUAAUCCUCCACCGCACUAUUCACACCAUGGGCCACCGCCAGUUUAUUCCCCACAAUACAAUCAAUACAAGCCAUCGUAUGGUCAUAUACACCCGUAUCAAUCUCACGAGCCACCUAGUUAUAAUGACGAUUACUAUGAUGACAAUGAAAAUGUGCCUAAUCAUUUUGAUGAUGGCGCUGAUUAUAAUAAUGUUUACCAAGGUGGAUUUUAUGGCCCUGGUUUUGAAAGAAAUGCUAACAUAAGUGCAAAUGAUAGACAAGGCACAUACGCCAAUAGGCAUGGUUACUCCCGUUCCCUUUCCCUUCCUCAAAAUAGACCUGGGGCUAACCGUGGAGGCCAAACUAUCCGAUUCCCUGAGAACAGGAAGAAGAGAGAAACCACGGUAGAAAAAUCUGUUGAAAAUAUACAGGAGCGUCAAGGUUACUUCGGUCGUCCUCCAGUUCAACAAUGCAGACAGAACCAGGUUUGCUGCCGUAGACCUUUGAAACCUCAAGCCGGAAACAGAGGCCAGUGUGGUAUCAGACAUUCCCAGGGAAUCAAUGGUAGAAUCAAGACCCCAUCUUACGUCGAUGGAGAGAGUGAAUUUGGCGAAUACCCAUGGCAAGCGGCUAUUUUGAAAAAGGACCCCAAGGAGUCAGUUUAUGUGUGUGGAGGAACAUUGAUUGACGCUAACCACAUAAUGACUGCAGCUCAUUGUAUUAAAUCAUACAAAGGAUUCGAGCUGAGAAUUCGUCUUGGUGAAUGGGAUGUCAACCGUGACGUCGAGUUCUUCCCCUACAUUGAGAGGGACGUUGUCUCCGUCCAUGUCCACCCACUUUACUACGCUGGAACUUUGGAUAAUGACCUCGCCAUAUUGAAAAUGGACCACCCUGUUGAAUGGACCAAAUACCCUCACAUCAGCCCGGCUUGUCUGCCUGACAAAUACACAGAUUACGCCGGACAGCGAUGCUGGACUACUGGAUGGGGCAAAGAUGCCUUUGGCGACUACGGAAAAUACCAAAACGUAUUGAAAGAAGUCGAUGUCCCAAUUCUGUCUCACGGUCAAUGCCAACAGCAGCUGAAGCAAACGAGAUUGGGUUACAACUAUGAGCUGAAUCAAGGUUUCCUCUGCGCUGGUGGGGAAGAAGGCAAAGACGCCUGCAAAGGUGACGGUGGCGGUCCCUUGGUGUGCGAGCGUGGAGGCACGUGGCAACUCGUGGGGGUGGUGUCCUGGGGUAUUGGCUGCGGCCAGCCUGGCGUUCCCGGCGUCUACGUGAAAGUCGCUCACUACCUCGACUGGAUCUCUCAGAUUACUGGCAAAUUCUCGCCAUACUGAAGCGUUAAAUCUAUUUUGUAGACGCAAUGAGUCACAAAUUGACUGAAUGUUAUAUCAUAUUUAUUAUUAGGCGCUAGAUUAUAUUUAAUAUUUAUUCUUACUUUGGAUGGUAAUAUCCAGAGACACGAGUAAUCGCAUAAUGCAGA